AUGCCGGCAUCGCAGCGCCGCUCCCCGAGUCCCGGCUCGGGGCUCGACCGCGAGGCGUCGGAGACGACGCCGUUGCUCUCCAGCACCGGCGCAUUGCUCGCGGACCCGGACACGGAAGCCUCCACGCUCGUCGGCUCGACGUCCCCCGGCAGCAUCGCCGACUCCGCCUCGGGAGACGACCCAUCCAGCUCCGGCGCGACGGCCGUCCCCGGCAGUGGCAAGCCGCUCCCCGGGCUCCAGAUCUUCCUGCUGUGCUACGCGCGCAUGACGGAGCCCGUCGCCUUCUUCUGCAUCUUUCCCUUCAUCGCGGAUAUGGUCCAGCGCAACGGCCACCUCCCGACCUCCGACGUCGGCUUCUAUUCUGGACUGAUCGAAUCGCUCUUCUCGGCCACGCAGAUGGUCGUCUUGGUGAGCUGGGGCAAGCUCGCCGACCGGAUCGGCCGCAAGCCCGUCCUGCUCUACAGCCUUGCGGGCACGGCAAUUGGACCCGCGCUCUUUGGCCUGUCGAGCUCGCUGCCGCAGAUGUUCAUCUCCCGCUGCUUCGCUGGCGUCUUCUCCGGGAGCGGCCUCAUCAUCCGGACUAUGAUUGCGGAGCACAGCACCCCCGAGACGCAGGCGCGUGCGUUCAGCUGGUUCGCGUUUGCGGGGAACCUGGGCAUCUUCAUCGGGCCCCUCAUCGGCGGCGUCCUUGCGGAUCCUGCCGAGCAGUAUCCCGGCGUCUUCGGCGGUGUCAAGUUCUUCGAGGACUAUCCCUUUGCGCUCCCAGGCUUCGUCACCGCCCUGAUCAGUGCGACCAGCUUCCUUGUAAGCGCCUUGUUCCUCACAGAGACGCUCGACAAACCCAACACCGACGAGACAGAAGCCCAAUCCGCGGCGCCCCCGCCCGCACUCUCGACUUGGGAGCUCGUCAAAGCCCCUGGCGUCGGUGUCGUUCUGUGGAUCUACGGCCACGUUAUGUUCCUGGCCUUUGCAUUCACCGCCAUCCUGCCCGUCGUCCUCUUCACGCCCAUCGACCUAGGCGGCGCAGGCCUGGGGUACUCCCAAAUCUCCAUCUUCAUGGCUCUCCAGGGCGCUAGUCAGGCCGCUUGGUUGCUCCUCGCAUUCCCCACGUUACAGCACCGUUACGGUACGCGAGGAAUCAUGAAGCUGUGCGGUGCGGUGUAUCCCUUCUUCUUCCUCGCCUACAUCGUGCUCAACCUCCUCCUGCGUAAUGGAGGCCCUGUCGCGCUCACCUGGUGUUGGAUACUGGGUCCGGUAGUCGCCAUCCUGGGGCCCGGCGUGUCCAUGUCAUUUAUUGCCGUCCAGCUUGCUCUCAACGAUGUUUCGCCCAGCUCGAAUGUGCUUGGAACGCUCAAUGCUCUGGCCCUUACUCUCUCCAGCGCCGUCCGGUCCAUUGUUCCCGGCGCCGCGACGGCCAUCUUUGCCAUUGGAGUGCAUGGUCAGAUCUUCGGGGGCCUUCUGGCGUGGGUGAUUCUGAUCCCUCUUGCUGCCGCCUUUGGCAUCGCCUGCAGGUAUCUGCCGGAGGACCCUCAAACUGCUAAAGACAGCAAUGAUGAGGAGGACUCAUAA